CGACUGUCUCCACUUCCUCAAACUUUGAGGCUCGUGCUGUCCCGUCGGUUCAGGCAGCGCACGCGGCUCAUCCAGCUGCCCACGCGCCUCGAGGCACGAAUCGAAACCGGGUUGGGUUUAAAGGGCGGCGGCAGCGGCAGCCCGGGAACCGUCAGGCUCCACAUGGAGGGACCGAUGAGAGGAGCUCCGGCGCGGGGGGGACUCCCCUCCGCCCUCGCGCUGCUCGCGGUGCUGCUCACCUGCUGCGUCAGGUGUGCCGGGAGCGCACGAGCGAGCAACGUCGUCCUCGUGCUCGUCGACGAUCAGGAUGUCCAGCUGGGGGGAAUGAAUCCGAUGAAGAAAACCAAAGCCCUGAUAGGAGAAACGGGAGCAACCUUUGUAAAUGCUUUCACCGUCACGCCGCUGUGCUGCCCCAGCAGGAGCAGCAUUCUGAGCGGCCGUUACCCCCACAACCACGGGGUGCGGAACAACUCCCUGUCCGGGAACUGCUCCAGCCUUCUGUGGCAGAAGGGCCCCGAAUCGGGGGCCUUCCCCGUCUACCUCAACAAGCUGGGAUACCAGACGUUCUUCGCUGGGAAGUAUCUGAACCAGUACGGGGGAAAGGAUGCAGGAGGCGUCGCCCACAUUCCACCCGGCUGGGAUCAGUGGAACGCGUUGGUCGGGAACUCUCAAUACUACAACUACACCCUGUCUGUCAACGGGAAAGAGGAGAAGCACGGGGACAACUACGAGAAAGACUACCUGACUGACCUCAUUCUGAACCGCUCCCUUCACUUCCUGGACGACCGGAGUCCUCAGCAUCCGUUCUUCAUCAUGUUGUCUCCUCCCGCUCCUCACUCUCCCUGGACGGCGGCGCCUCAGUACGGCAAAGAGUUCAGCAACGUCAAAGCGCCUCGAGACGGCAGCUUCGACAAACCCGGGAAGGACAAACACUGGCUGCUGCGCCAGCCGCCCAACCCCAUGAGCAACAGCUCGCUCGUGUACCUGGACGACGCGUACAGGAGAAGGUGGCAGACGCUGCUGUCCGUGGACGACAUGGUGGAGAAGCUGGUGAAGAAGCUGGAGAGCGUCAAAGAGCUGAACGACACUUACAUCUUCUACACCUCGGACAACGGCUACCACACAGGUCAGUUCUCGCUGCCCAUCGAUAAAAGACAGCUGUACGAUUUCGACAUCAGGGUCCCGCUCCUGGUCCGCGGUCCGGGCAUCAAACCAAACCAGACCCUGCAGGCUCCGGUUCUGCACAUCGACCUGGGCCCCACCAUUCUGGACAUAGCGGGGGUGAACCUGUCCACCGUGAACAUGGACGGACAGUCCUUCCUGUCCCAGAUGGCGCCGUCUCUGCGCAACGGAACGGCGCGUCCGUUCUUCCUCGUGGAAUACACCGGAGAAUGCCAACCGACACCGGAUCCUUACUGUCCCAAAAUGGGGCCUGGAGUUUCUGAAUGUUUCCCGGACUGCGUCUGCGAAGACGCCUGCAACAACACGUACGCCUGCGUCCGGACGCUGGACGGCAAGCAGAACAUGCAGUACUGCGAGUUCGCAGACAGCGAGUCCUUCGUAGAGUUCUACAACCUGACGUCGGACCCGCACCAGCUGGAGAACAUCGUGAAGAAGGUGGACCCGGCAGUCCUGCAGACCAUGAACCAGCGGCUCAUCAAGCUUCAGUCCUGCGUGGGCGACAGCUGCCGCGACGUGAAGUGACCCGGCGGAGAGGCGGAGUCUACAGAUGUUCUGACGGGUUCAGAAGGGAAAGAGUGAACGCUUCAGAGAGCAGUUAGCUUAGCAUCCAUCCUGGGAACGGCGUCCAGAUCGCCUAUCUUCGCUCCAAAGUUUAGAACCGGAUUGGAGUUGAUGUUUGUCUUCUUUUUGCUCCCUUUGUGUCCAAAGUCUGUCUUAGCUUCAGAUUGAAUCCUCCUUUCAGUUUGUUUUUUUUCUUGGUAUGAUUUUUUUUUUUUUUUUGUCAAAUCAGUUGUCAUAUUUUAUACACAAAAGUGCAAAUAUGUACAUUUUCAGAUCUUAUUUUUAUCCAAAGCUGAAGCUGCUGUCCUAAUGUGAUCAUUUUUUAAAUUGAUUUCUUUUCUUUUGUCCUGAAUUUUUCGCUUGUUUAGAUCUAUUUAGAUCUGAGAACUUCUUGAUUCUGGAGCCGGUUGUCUAUCAGCAGCUUUUCACCUCAAUGUUAUUAGAAACAUAUGGGAAAUGAAAAAUGAUCUUUGAAAAAGGGUUCAUUGAGGAAGUUGUUAUUUUAAAAAGCUGUGAGUGUUUUUGUGAUGCACUUUCAAAGACUCUGCUCCUGGUUUGUACUUUGAUUAUAAAAGUUGUACAUGAAGCUUUUCCUGGCAGAUCAUCCAGAAGAUGUGAGGACCGUGAACUGAUCACUUUAAUCCAGUGUGCCUCGGAUUUGCACAGACACGUGUGCAUGUGCCUUAAAUGUGAAUAAAUUUGCACUUUUAUGCAAACGAAAUGCAAAUAAAAGUGUGUAUUAAAGCGUGAA